GUGAGGAGAGCGGCGCAGGCGCGGGCACUUGGGUCAGGGGACUUAGGUUAGGGGUCUUAGGAGGGAAACAGCUGACUCGGAUCUGCCGAGAGUGCCGAGACCGCUGAGAGUGCUCGGGGUCAGCAGCCUUGAGUGGGGGCUUCUCGGUCCCGCUGCCCGACGUCUCGCAACGAACCUGACGGCUCUUCAGCCGCAUCAUCAAGACGAUGGCUGGCUCGGCACUCAGGCGACUCAUGGCGGAGUACAAACAGCUAACCUUGAACCCGCCGGAGGGCAUCAUCGCCGGGCCGAUCAACGAGGAGAACUUCUUCGAGUGGGAGGCCCUCAUCACCGGGCCAGAGGGGACAUGCUUCGAAGGCGGGGUGUUUCCAGCCAAGUUGAUCUUCCCCCCGGACUAUCCGCUGAGCCCUCCAAAGAUGCAAUUUACCUGCGAGAUGUUCCAUCCCAACAUCUACGCGGACGGCAGAGUCUGCAUAAGUAUACUGCACGCACCCGGUGACGAUCCGAUGGGCUACGAGAGCAGCGCCGAAAGGUGGAGCCCGGUGCAGAGCGUGGAGAAGAUACUGCUGAGCGUAGUGAGUAUGCUGGCGGAACCGAAUGACGAGAGCGGCGCGAAUGUGGACGCCGCGAAGAUGUGGAGGGAGGACCGCAGGGAAUUCGAGAGGAUAGCGCAGAAGCUGGUGAGAAAGACACUGGGUAUUCCGCCUUAAGGUAGAACUCUUCUGCCGGAAGAAAGGGAAGCUGCUCUUGUCGGUCGAUGGCAUUCCUGUAGAGAAACAAUAAAUUUUUUAUCUGUCCAGCAAACGAAUCCCUUGUGUGCGAAUGAUACCUCGUGUGCCCUGCCGAUUGCUCGCGCACGGAGAGACGGAACGUUGGUCUCUGGCGCUACGCGAAUCGAAAGGUGUUAAUCUCAAAAAAUUGUUUAUUUUCAACAUUGCAGUACAAACAUGGGUAAUCAAAUGCAUACGCGAUUAUCUCAUAUGCUUACAUGUACCAUUUCACUGUGACAAACCGAUAACGAAGGACAGGAUUCGUUUCGCGUGUUCGGGUGCGUGAUUGACGUUAAGUAUAAUAUAUAUAUUAGUAUUUUAAAUUAUCAACUGAUCCCACAAAUUACCCUACGGCGAUGUUAAAGUAAUUAUCACAUUCGCAUAUGGUGUUACAUUAUUCGCGUGUAAAUGUAUAUCGGCGAAAACGCAUUAUCAACUAAUGUGUCUUAAUAAAUGUGUUUUAAUAUAUUCGAGGAGAAAUAUACAGAUUAAAUAAAUAUAUUUAUAAUAUUUUACAAAAGUGUGCGCGUGCGUGUGUAUACGUGUGUAUUUGUGUGUAAUGAAAACGAGCGGAGUGGUUCUUUCUGAAAGAUCGUCUUAGAAAACUCGUAAAACUUUGCCGGAACAAAACCGCGAUCAACUGACGUUUCUCCCGUCGGUUAUCUUACUUUUACACUUGACCCUAAUCUGCAAUGCGCUCUUUGCGCCCGGAAAUAUUCCAUUUUGUACAAGCGAAUCAGAACUUAAAUCACAGCUUAAAAAAAACCUGUCGACAAUGUACGACUGUAACUUACAGAAAUUUUUUAAACGUAUUUAUCGACUACAAAAUGGAAUGUUUCUAGACGCGAGGGGCACACAGAACAGGCUUCAGAAAUUCCGGAACGUGUGUUUGCCGUAUGAUAUUUACAAAAUCAAGAGGUCCGCAACAGAUUGAUUAUCGUGCACAUCCCGCUCUGAUAACAAUCGAACUUGGUGACAAAGACGUGGUGCAGGGUGUUCCACUUAAAGAGUCCCAGUCCGAGUAACCGAACGAUUGACUUGCGUGGGAGAAAGCUUUCGCUUCAUCUUACAGACAAUUGGGGUAUUAAAACUCUCUCGAAUUGAAAUCUUUAUCCGGCUAGAAUUCGGUAGCACUAAUUUUUUUCGCACCGUUAGCGUCCCCUCGCAGAUAUGGCUCCGAGUAGGCUUUACGCAAAACACCCUGUAAUUAGACUAGAAGAAAUAAAUUAGUAUACCUCUGUCGCGUA